UAACACUCCGAAGCAUCAUGGAGAAGGCACAAGUUCUAGAAAUAUCCAUGUUCAAACAAGUCAAAUGCAUCAUGGAGAAUGCUCAAGUUCAAGAAACAUCCAUGCUCAAAAAAGUCAUGUGCUCCGCCAUGACUAUCAGUCCACCUCCCGUUUGGCGGCGUUGCUGGAUAAGUUGAGCUUAAGAGAGAACCAUAAUGAUACAAUCACGCAACAACUAUCUGAUAUUCCACCUGAUGAGAGAACUUUGUUCGUGACAUUUUCCAAUGGCUACCCACUGACCAAAGAUGAACUACAUGAAUUUUUUAUGAGGCACUAUGGAGAUAUUGAAGAAAUAAGUGUAGAGGAGCCAGUCGAAAGUAGGCCACCACUUUACGCACACGUUACAUUUUACUCGCAGAUGACACUAUUCCGUGUUCUUGAUGGGAACAGGAGAGUCAAGUUCAUGACCAGGGGAAAACAUCUAUGGGCUCGACAGUAUGUGCCAAAGAAGAAGAAAACUGAUGUCUGAUGACCAAAGCCUGAACAUUCAAGAACAGUCUAUGCCAAGCAUUCUGGAAGCAUACUCGAAUAGAAUCUGCACUUGUAAGAGUUCUUGUGCAUAUCUAGUUCUUGUGCUUUCUGCAUCUUAUUACACAUUCGUAACCCAGAUUUAUGUGUUCUGAACUUCUGAUGUACGUAUGACAUUCGAGGACUCAAAUUUGUACUUGUUAAGGACUAUAAGUCCAUAUUAUUGGUACGUAUA